AUGCUGAGCCUGUGGGUGGUGUUGUGUGUUUCAGAAACCAAGCCAGCCUGCAUCUUCCACGGGGUGGAGUACUUUGAUGGGGACAUGUUUCGCAUGGACGCCUGCCGCUUCUGCCGCUGCCAGGGUGGCGUCUCGAUCUGUUUCUCUGCGCAGUGUGGGGUGCUGCACUGCGACAGAUACUAUGUGCCAGAGGGAGAGUGUUGCCCCGUCUGUGAAGAUCCCAUCUACCCUGUGCUCAACUUUGCUGGCUGUUACGUCAACGGACAGAUCUUAGCGCACGGUGACCACUGGAGAGAGGAUGACUGCACUUUCUGCCAGUGUAUCAGUGGGGAUGCCCGCUGUGUGGCGGCAGCGUGUGGCCAUAGCUGUCUGAACCCCGUGGAUGUCCCUGGGGAGUGCUGUCCGGUGUGUGAAGGUAAGAAAUGCUUGGAGAAAGG